CAUCAAAACAUCCACGGAUCUGGUGCCUCACUGUGUCACCGGCAGCAGGAUUUUCACAAGAGAAGUCUGUAUAAAAAGCAAUUGCUCUUCUGUUUCCAAAACAGGUAUUCCAAGUGGAUAAAUAAUGUGCACUGCUCUGAGCCCCAAGGUACGGAGUGGACCUGGCCUCUCUGAUAUGCACCAGUAUAGCCAGUGGCUGGCCAGCAGACAUGAAGCUAAUUUGCUGCCGAUGAAAGAAGAUCUGGCCUUGUGGCUGACCAAUCUGUUAGGGAAGGAGAUUACAGCAGAAACUUUCAUGGAGAAGUUGGAUAAUGGUGCCUUGCUCUGUCAACUUGCAGAAACCGUGCAAGAGAAAUUCAAAGAGAGCAUGGAGGCUAACAAGCCCACAAAGAAUCUGCCCUUGAAGAAGAUUCCCUGCAAAGCCAGCGCGCCCUCAGGCUCCUUUUUUGCCAGAGACAAUACGGCAAAUUUCCUAUCCUGGUGCCGAGAUUUAGGGGUAGACGAAACGUGUCUGUUUGAAUCCGAAGGUUUGGUCCUCCACAAGCAACCCAGAGAAGUGUGUCUCUGUUUGCUAGAGCUUGGCCGGAUUGCAGCCAGGUAUGGGGUGGAGCCUCCUGGUUUGAUAAAAUUGGAAAAAGAGAUUGAACAAGAGGAAACACUCUCUGCCCCUUCUCCUUCACCUUCGCCUUCCUCAAAGUCUUCUGGAAAAAAGAGUACGGGAAACUUACUGGAUGAUGCAGUGAAACGGAUUUCUGAAGAUCCUCCCUGCAAAUGCCCGAGCAAGUUCUGUGUGGAGAGGCUCUCUCAGGGAAGGUACCGCGUCGGGGAGAAGAUCCUCUUCAUUAGGAUGCUGCACAACAAGCACGUCAUGGUCCGUGUGGGAGGAGGAUGGGAAACGUUCGCAGGGUAUCUGCUGAAGCACGACCCCUGCCGGAUGCUGCAGAUCUCCCGCGUGGACGGCAAAACGUCCCCCAUCCAAAGCAAAUCGCCGACCCUUAAGGACAUGAAUCCAGAUAAUUACCUGGUGGUCUCUGCCAACUACAAGGCUAAGAAGGAAAUUAAAUGAAACUAGUUGGUCACUACAAGGGGACUCUCAUAAUGGCCUGUAUCCACAGCUCCAGGGUAGUCAGUCUAGUUCACAUGCUCUGAGAAUUUCUUUGGGGUAAAAAAACAUAACAGACAGAAAAAAUGUCCUCAUACUGAAACACGUUCAAAAAGUAGCACUAUUUAUUUUAAAUGCUUCUGUAGAAAAUGACCUAUGAAAAGAAAUUCUAAACUCAAAUUUAAACUAGACAAAGUGUAGGCAAAUUAUUAUUGCUCAAUAUGUGAACACAGUAUUAGAAAUACAAUUCUAGCCAGAGAAAAAUUAUUAGAAGGAAAUAGUUAGGAUUUACAGUUAAGUCAACAGAAAGUGCCUGCCUAAUGUCCACAGAAUAAAAGCAACCGAGACAUUUUUUUAAAUUGCAGGAUUUUUAUGCUAAUUUUUAAAAAGUGACAAUUAGUGUUAUGGUGUGCUACUAAAAAUAUCCAACACUAUGGAUAAGUACAGAGUAGUCACGACAGCAGUACUUUACUGGAAAGGCCAUUUCAGAAAAGUUUACAUCACUCAGAAGAUUGCCUUAAACAUCUAGCCCUGUCUAUAGCCAAAUAUCCGGGGUACUUCUGGAAGUUUUCACUGAACCCCUUAGUUGUUUCACACAAUCCUAGGCACAUGGCUGUGUUGAGACUGAGUGUAAUUCACACACCUAAGUUGAUAUACGUUUAUAUUUUGACAGAGUAAACUGUACAGUCAGAUGUUCACUGACUUCGUUAUUUCAAAGCAUUUUCUUGUACGACUCUAUCGUUAGUUAACCCAACUUUGCUACGCUGUCUAGUAAAGUAAUUUCACUGUAGCUAAUGAUGUUACAGACUUCUGUAUACCCUUGUAUACCUAGGACAGGGCUGUUUUGUACCCAUAAACAGCAAACUCAUGUCCUUACUGAUUCAAGAAUUAAAAAGAUAAAUGUUAAAAACUGUACGUCUUCGUAUUAAUGCUUCAUUCUGAAAUAAAGAUAAUCUUCAAGUGGCAACUCCCCCUGAGGGUUAUAGGAAGAAUCAAAUUAGUUACCUUGCACGUCUUCACUUUGGGCAGCUGAGUGGUGGUGGUGGUAGUUCUUCAUAGCAGAGUGUAGACCUUGUCAUAAA